AUGGCUAAUGAAUCGAGGACCUGCCUGUGUGGUAUUGGAGAUGGGUUUGACUGUGAGGGCUGUGGGCGGGAAGUGCAGGUUGAGCACAUCAAGGCGUAUGUUUGCAAACCACCUGCCAGCGCAGACAAAGCUGUGAUUGUGAUUCAUGAUAUAUUUGGGUGGCAACUCCCAAACACCAGAUACAUGGCUGAUAUGCUUGCAGCUAAUGGACACAUAGCCAUCUGCCCAGACUUUUUUGCAGAAAGAGAAGCUUGGAAGCCUUCUGAUGCCUGGUCCAAGUUCGAUGAUUGGCUGAAAACAGAUGCCAGGAAAAUAAACAAAGAAACUGAUGCUGCCCUGAAAUAUCUAAAGGAACAGUGUGCUGCAAAGAAUUUGGGGUUUUGCUGGGGUGGUAUUGAUGUAUGUCACCUGAUGAUGACAUAUCCAGAGUUAAAGGCAGGUGCGUCUCUCUAUG